GGUAGGACUCCACUCUGGAAUCAUAUGUCAGGAGAGUAAUAUCCAAUAAGACCAGCCUGGAAUGUGAUGCCUCGAGGGAUCUUUAAGCAAUAGGCCUUUCCUACUUUUUCUUACCCUUAUGGUUUUGGGUUUAACCUCAUUCUCCCUUCUUGGUGUUUGUGCUUGACCUCAGCCUUUCUCUACUCUUUGUAGACAUCAAUGAAUGCACAGAUUUUGCAGAUGUCCCUUGUAGCCACUUCUGCAACAACUUCAUUGGUGGUUACUUCUGCUCCUGCCCCCCGGAAUACUUCCUCCAUGAUGACAUGCAGACUUGUGGAGUUAAUUGCAGUGGGGAUGUAUUCACUGCACUGAUUGGGGAGAUUGCAAGUCCCAAUUAUCCCAAUCCAUAUCCAGAGAACUCAAGGUGUGAAUACCAGAUCCGGUUGGAGGAAGGGUUCCAAGUGGUGGUGACUGUGCGGAGAGAAGAUUUUGCCGUGGAAGCAGCUGACUCACAGGGAAACUGCCCUGACAGCUUAGUUUUUGUCGCAGGCGAUCAGCAAUUUGGUCCUUACUGUGGUCAUGGGUUCCCUGGGCCACUAAAUAUUGAAACUAAGAGUAAUGCUCUUGAUAUCAUCUUCCAAACUGAUCUAACAGGACAAGAAAAGGGCUGGAAACUUCGCUACCAUGGAGAUCCAAUCCCCUGUCCUAAAGAAGACACUCCCAAUUCUGUUUGGGAGCCUGCGAAGGCAAAAUAUGUGUUUAGAGAUGUGGUACAGAUAACCUGUCUAGAUGGAUUUGAAGUUGUGCAGGGACGUGUUGGUGCAACAUCUUACCAUUCGACUUGUCAAAGCAAUGGAAAGUGGAGUAAUUCCAAACUGAAAUGUCAACCUGUGGACUGUGGCAUUCCGGAACCCAUUAAGAAUGGUAAAGUCGAAGACCCACGGAGCACUUUGUUUGGUGCGGUCACCCGCUACACUUGUGAGGAGCCGUAUUACUACAUGGAAAAUGAAGGAGGUGGGGAGUAUCGCUGUGCUGGCAACGGGAGCUGGGUGAACGAGGAGCUGGGCACAGAGCUGCCGAAAUGUGUUCCAGUCUGUGGAGUCCCCAGUGAACCCUUUGCAGAAGAACAGAGGAUAAUUGGAGGAUCCAAUGCAGAUAUUAAAAGCUUCCCCUGGCAAGUCUUCUUUACCAACCCGUGGGCUGGUGGAGCUCUCAUUGAUGAGUACUGGGUGUUGACGGCUGCUCAUGUCGUGGAGGGAAACCAGGAACCAACAAUGUAUGUUGGGUCCACCUCAGUGCAGACCUCACGGCUGGCAAAAUCCCAGAUGCUCACUACUGAGCGUGUGUUUAUUCAUCCGGGAUGGAAAAUGCUGGAAGUCCCAGAAGCACGAACAAAUUUUGAUAAUGAUAUUGCACUGGUGCAGCUGAAAGACCCAGUGAAAAUGGGACCCACCACCUCCCCCAUCUGCCUACCAGGGACCUCUUCCGAAUACAACCUCAGGGAUAGGGACCUGGGACUGAUCUCAGGCUGGGGCCGAACAGAGAAGAGAGAUCGCGCUGUUCACCUCAAGGCGGCAAAAUUACCUGUAGCUUCUUUAACAAAGUGCAAAGAAGUGAAAGUGGAAAAUCCCAGAGCAGAUGCAGGGGCCUAUGUUUUCACUCCUAACAUGUUCUGUGCUGGAGGAGAGAAGGGCAUGGAUAGCUGUAAAGGGGACAGUGGUGGGGCCUUUGCUAUGUGGGAUCCCAAUGACAAGACCAAAUUCUACGCAGCUGGCCUGGUGUCCUGGGGGCCCCAGUGUGGGACCUAUGGGCUCUACACACGGGUGCAGAACUAUGUUGACUGGAUAAAGAAGACUAUGCAGGAAAACAGCACCCCCAGUAAGGACUAAUCCAGACCCAUCCCACCAGCUUCUCCAAGGAGGGUGACCAAGGCAUUGCCUUCUGUUCCUUAUGAUAUUCUCACUAUUUCAUCAUGACUGAAGGAAGACAUGAGAGGAUGAUUUAAAUAGAACUUGAUUGUUGAGACACUUGGCUGGAGAGAGUUUGAUCCUAGAAUGAUGUUGACCAUUCAUUCAUGGUCUGACUCCUUGGGGUCUUUUCCCCUGAGUGCCUAUUGUAGAUUACACUGUGGGUGGGGCACUCCUAUCUUGCACGAUGCCGCAGGGAUACCUUAAUUCUUUGUUUCCUCUUUACCUGUUCAAAGUUCCAUUUACUUUAUCAUUCUCAGUAUCCACUGUCUAUGUACAAUAAAGCAUGUUUAUAAGCAAA